AUGCCCGACGGCAGCAGUAGUAGCAGCACGCUACCCAACAAAGAACAGGUCCAGCAAGUGAAGCAGCAGAACAGGCGCAGUAGCGAAGCAUUAAGCAGUUUGGCACUACAGCGAAGUAGCGUUGUACAGCCCCGCCGCAGCGCCUGGUCUGCUCUCCUCUGGGGACUCACCGUCGCGACCACGAUGCUCCUGCUUGUUUCCGUCGUCAUCACAGCCUUCGUCACGACCACGCUGCUCUUGCCUCGCAUCGACGUCCGCAGCACGUUCGGGCAAAAACCGCCGCCACUGCCACCGCCACCGUCAGUGUCUCUCAGUGGCGUCAAUGCCCCGCCAUUCAGCGACCGAGCGUCGUCCGCGGCAUCAUCGUUAAACAAUAAAGGACUCCACGGGGCAAAGACGCACGAGACCAAGCCCUGCGACUCGACGGCAUGCGUCGAGCAGGCACGAAUGUUGUUGCACCAGAUCGACUCCAACCAAGACCCCUGCGACGACUUCUACGCGUACGUGUGCGACAAAUGGGCGCAGUCGCGCCCCUUGACUCCGGGCGCAGAGCGCCUGUCCGUGGACACCGUCAUGGUCGAAGCAUACGCAGAGUUGUUGGCCUCGGCGUUGCAUGACAACGUUAGCCGCGAUUUUCCGCAGCUGCGUUUUCUUGUCGACCACUGCGUGGACCCCGAACCAGUGAUGUUUGACAACCUGAUCGCCAUGUUCCUUGAUGCGACCCACUUGCGAUCAUGGAUGAUGCGCCCGUCGUCGUCUCCUUCGCGCCGGCAGCCGUCGGCAGCCGAGGUGUCGCGCAAGUUCGGCCUUGCCUUCCGGCAGCUAGGCGUUGACGCGCUCUUCAGGCCGUUUGUCGUCAAGGACAUAUCGCGUGAGAACAAACGAUUCGUGGGCCUCGAAGAACCGUCGACGGUGCUGCUGCGAGCGCCGCUUGAGAAAGAAGAGUACGAAGUGGUACGUGCUGGAUUCGCUCCCCUGCUGGCCUUCUUCCAGAACCAGACGGAAGUGGAUCCUCUGCGCUUCGAAGAACGGCUCUACCGAACGCUGCUGCAACCGCAGCUGGAUGCCGCCGUACUUGCCAAUGGCAGUACGGUCAGAGUGCGCGACCUGCCCGCGCUGAGGAACUUCGAGUGGACCAGCUUCCUGCAGAGCGUAUUCGGGAAGGGGAUCAGACCUCUAACUGCUCGAACCUACGUCAAACUGGCGUCUCCCGAGCACGUACUGAGACUGACCCGUGACGACGAAUUGAUGCGCUCGUCGCAGGUUAUGUUGGGGUACUUGCUGUUCCGCAUCACCAUGGCGCUGUCGCCGCUUCUUGGUGGUACCGAGUUACGGGACCAGGUGGCUUCGGUAAGCUGCGCUCGACAUCCGCAGUUUGCGCAGGCGCUCACGCCUGCGCGCUACUGCCUCUGCUUGCUGAACCGAUUCGAGCCGAAUCUCGCUUUGCACGCGACGCGCAACUUUUCCCGGGCGCAACUGUCCAGAGGCGAUGGCGACGACGUCGUCGAAGACAUGGCUUCUACGCUGCGACUCGUACUCAUCGAACACGUGCUGGUGCGGCUCGCUCGUUAUGGCAGUGGUCUGAAGGCGAACCUCUUAGAGAAGCUGAAUGGCGUCUCGUGGGAGCCUCUGGCGCCGCGUGGCCUAAACGAAAACGCGAGCACGCUGGCCGCAUUCCUAGACGGCCUUUACCUGAACAACGCGCGCACCUCGACGGCCCAGUUCUUUUACACCUGGAUCCGAAAGUCGCUCGAAAAGCGGCUCAUGGCACACAUGACCUCUCGCGCCUCCUUCCAAGGUUGGACAGGCGGAUUUCUGAGCGCCGAGGCUCACAUGGGGCCACCUUACAAUCGGCUGGAGAUACCGUUGCCGGUAUUCGAUUUGUCCCUCAAGGACGAUGCCGCGUUGCGGCCCCUCCAGAUGGCCAGAGCAGCGCCACGAGUAUACUGGCCCAUGUUUCGCGCCAUCUACCACUGGGUCUUCAAUCUCGAAUUCGCCGCCACCAGUGCCGAGCGCAACGCCGCUCACAGCCUAGUACAAUACUUCUCCGACCUGCGACUCUGCCUUGAACACCAGUACAGUCCGCUGUCCGGGAUGGAGAAGAUCGCGCAGCUCAACGUUUCGAGAACUUCAUGGUCCGAUCUGUGGGAUCUACUGUCGGUGCGCCCUGCUUUGGACGCGUUCCUGCUGUACGCCGGUCGUGUUUCACCAGACUACCGGCUCAAGCUGCUCGAGCGCUGGAACGCCAGCCAGCUGUUCUUCCUGUACUACGCGGCCAACUUCUGCGACAACAGCAACCGGAGGUUCUUGAAAGAGAACGCCGCCCGCGGCCCCGACAGCCCCGCCUGGUACCGUGUCAAUGGGCCUCUCCGCAAUACUCCAGAGUUUGCGAUGGCUUUCGGCUGUAAGCCCGAAUCGUUCAUGAACCCAGUGCAGAAGUGCGUCCUUUCCAUCUGA